GGCGCGCGCCUACCUUUUCCUCCUUUGAUCAUCCCGAUUCUCAUUCUACGUUCUUUUGCCUAUCGCGUUUCGCUUUUGCGUUACAUCGUUAUUAUCAUCAUCAUCAGUGUUCGCUUUCCUACGAGGAGGUGUACGACGCUCUCGUACUUGACGCGUGGAACACGAGUGAUAAACAAAUGCGGGGCAUCAACUCUUUCGUGGCAUCACGAACCAUUAGAGAGACCGACGCAACAUAAAGAAAAUAAAAGAAAAAGAUCGUUGCGUUUUUACAAAAAAGGCGCAAUGUAUUUAAUGAUUUGCCGCGUGUAUUGCUGUAUCGAUUGAGAGUGGUAGAGUGGUAAAUAACGAUCUGACACAUCGGGUAGGUAUCUCGAAGAGACGAAUGUUGUUAUUCAAGAACGGAUUCUGAAUCGAGACAAUAUGAGACCGUUGAGCACGAUUUGUUUCGCCGCAACUUUUCUCCCAGUUUUGGCUAAUAUACAAAAUCAUCAAACGCAUGUGAAAUCUCCUAAGAUUGAUUUUAAUGAUGGGAACAAUUUCGAAGAUGUUAACGCGUCUUCUCGACGACAAACGAGUAGAAGCGAUCACGUAAACAAUUAUGAUACAAUUAUCUAUGAUAGUGAAAGCCUCGACUAUCAAUAUUUGUUUCAUGGAGGUCUAGAUUCUCUUCUGACAAGAUUGUUCGAGGCGUUACGGAACAAUUCUACAUCGGACAAUCAUGACGUGCUGAAAAUAUCGAAUUCUAUUAGUAAUGACGACGAAGAUCGUUGUCAGAAGUGGCUGGACAACAGAGAAAAACUUGAGCGAGCUUUUCCGGGAUCUAUCGUCGAAUUACCAGCUUGCCCUUGUCAGUAUCCCAACAAUAUUUUUUAUGACAACCUGAUUUGGGAUAAAAAACGAGAAACGAAUUUUCGAUGGCGCGACGCCAGCAAUGAUUCACAGCGGCUCAAGAUAUACAAACGUGGCGCCGUUUACUGUGUGCGAUCAUUACCAACGCAUGGAAAUGAAAGUACUGCAGUGCAACACUGUUGCUACGACGAGAAGAGAAGACUAUUGACUCGCGGAUCCGGAGCGGGCACUCCGUACCUAGUCAGUCCGGAUAUGUCGCCGGUACUGCACGACAAGCUUGACCUAUUGCCUUGGCGGCUUUGCAAGGGAGAUUUUACUAGGAAUGUAGUAUGGAUGGAGAAGCAACAAAUGCUAUUCGGAGAUGACGCACCUCUCAAGCGUUUAGGAGAAAUUGCGGUUUGA